GCUUUCAGAGACCGAUUAAAAUCAACAUCCUCACUAGUUACCCUCCCUUCAAGCGCUUCGAUGUCCAAUCAAAGGCUAAAGGGUAAGGUGGCUUUGAUCACCGGUGCAGCUAGUGGGAUUGGGGAGGCGACGGCGAGGUUGUUUGCAGAACACGGAGCUCUUGUGGUUGUGGUUGAUGUUCAAGACGAGUUAGGUCAUCAAGUUGUGGCAUCCAUAGGCCAGGAGAGAGCUACAUACGCGCACUGUGACGUGCGAGACGAGAAGCAAGUGGAGGAAGCAGUGGCUUUCACCUUGAAUAAGUAUGGUAGCCUCGAUGUGUUGUUCAGCAAUGCCGGAGUCUUAGGCCCUUUGAAUGGGAUCUUAGAGCUUGACUUGACAUCCUUCGACAACAUUCUCGCCGUCAACGUACGCGGCGUGGCAGCCACCAUAAAGCACGCAGCACGAGCUAUGGUGGCAAGGAAGAUAAGGGGCUCCAUCAUUUGCACCGCCAGUGUGGCCGCGACGGUGGGAGGCUCGGGGCCUCAUGCCUACACUACAGCUAAGCAUGCCGUGCUGGGUCUGGUCCGAUCGACUUGUAGUGAACUUGGGGCAUACGGGAUCAGGGUCAACUGCGUCUCUCCCUUUGGAGUUGCGACACCUAUGGUCUGUGAUGGUUUCAAUAUGGAGCCUAAUGUUGUGGAAGCUAACGGUGCUGCUAUAUCCAAUUUGAAGGGGAUUGUCUUGAAGGCUACUCACAUCGCAGAGGCUGCUCUGUUUCUUGCUUCUGAUGAAUCCGUUUACAUUAGUGGACAUAACUUGGUUGUUGAUGGAGGGUUCACCAUCAUUGCUCGUAGUUAUUCCCACGACCAAAUCCAAUGA